CUUCUAGUAAAUGGCACCGAGUCCGCGAAAUGGCAAUACGUUCGGGAUGUGGCAACUAUGGGCAGCAACCCAAACGAACUCUACAAACUCUGGCCACAGUACUCCGGAGAUGAAAUGUACCAACCCAGCAUUACCUGUGGUCGCAAAGCCAUCGAUUCUGCCAAUAAGACACAAACAGCGGACAUAAUCGCUGGUGACCAGGUUGGGUUUAGAGUGGCGAACAUCCCCAUUUUCCACGGUGGCCCGACUCAGAUCUACAUGUCGAAAGUCCCGGAAGGAAAGACACUCGCAGAUUACGCCGGUGAUGGAGAUUGGUUCAAGAUUGCAUCAGCUGGUGCGGCAAGCGAUACUGCGUGGAAGCUUGCUAGCAUUACAAUAAAGGAAUACAAUUUCACCAUCCCCAGAACUACUCCUCCAGGCAAGUAUUUGCUGAGAAUAGAGCAAAUGUGGCCUUUGCCAGGGCUUGGAAGUGCACAAUUUUAUGUCAAUUGUGCCCACGUCAACGUUAUGGGUCCAGGAGGGGCAGGAACUCCCACUGAAUUCGCGAAGUUUCCUGGGACUUAUGAUCUCAUGGAUCCAGGUACGCAACCCUAUAUAUCUAACCUUCCUAUGGGCUGCUGA